UCCCGAGCGGAUGUUGAUUCGGAAACGCUGCAGUUACGGUUUCCUCUAAACUAGCUGUAUGGCUAAAUAUCUUAGAUAACACAGUGUCAAACUUUGCCUUAGAGAGCGGGUGAAUACAAAUUUACAGCUAAAGCUAAACAUUUUAAUGCGGUUAUGUCGUGACUCCGGUGUCGGCAGUGACUGAGCUCGGCCGUUGACGUUUUUUAAAAUCUCCGCAUCACUUAACACAAGUGUCUGGACUGAGCAGGAUGCUAGCAUGUGUCGUUAGCAAACCACUACAGGAAAUUAGCUGGUUUAGCUAGCUCAGACAGCCAGGCAAGUGUUUAUUAUGAGUCUUAACUUUGCCUCUUUAUGCUCAUAUUCGAUUUAAAUAACCUCUUCGCAAUGGACACCGAGGCAAUAGUGAUCCGCAUAAAGACGCCAUCAGGGGACAUGGACUCGUCCGUCGACUGCCCAUCUCUUCUGAACUUCAAUGACUUGCUGGUCGCAAUAAGAGAUGUAAUGCCUGAAGCCACUGUCACGGCCUUUGAAUAUGAAGAUGAGGUAGGAGACAGAAUCACUGUAAGAAGUGAUGAAGAACUCAAGGCCAUGUUGUCAUAUUACUGCAACACAAUGAAUGAACAACGCAUGAAUGGACUGCUGCCAGACCCUCUCCAGAUUUUUCCAAGAGCCGGCAAGACUCCAGGGAUCCGGAACAUACAUGGCCUGAAGGUUAAUACAAGACCUAACCCAGCCAAUGAUUGCACUCAUGCUGUCCCGGACUCCAUGGCAAACAACAGCUUGAAAAAAUCAUCUGCUGAGCUGAAGAGGAUCCUGACAAAUGGGCAGAUAAAUGCCCAAGAUAUCCACUAUCAAGAGCAGCUCGGCCAUGGAAAUGGAGGCACAGUUUACAAAGCUUACCAUAUUCACGGCAAGCGAGUUUUAGCCGUCAAGGUCAUUCCUCUGGAUAUCACCGUGGAAUUACAGAAGCAGAUCAUGUCUGAAUUAGAAAUUCUCUACAAGUGUGAUUCACCCUACAUCAUCACUUUCUUCAGUGCCUUUUUUGUUGAGAACAGGAUAUCCAUAUGCACAGAAUUUAUGGACGGUGGUUCUCUGGAUGUGUACAAAAGAAUUCCAGAGCAUGUGCUGGGGAGGAUUGCAGUAGCAGUAGUCAAAGGCCUGACAUAUCUGUGGAGCCUGAAGAUACUUCACAGAGAUGUCAAGCCUUCCAAUAUGCUGGUGAACACCCGAGGACAAGUCAAGCUCUGUGACUUUGGUGUCAGCACACAGUUGGUGAAUUCUAUCGCCAAAACAUAUGUGGGAACUAAUGCAUACAUGGCGCCGGAGAGGAUAUCAGGAGAACAGUACGGUAUUCAUGCAGAUGUCUGGAGUGUGGGAAUCUCUUUCAUGGAGUUGGCGCUAGGCAUGUUCCCCUACCCACAGAUUCAGAAAAACCAAGGAUCUUUAAUGCCUCUCCAGUUACUGCAAUGCAUCGUUGAUGAGGAUCCUCCAGUUCUUCCCGUCGACCAGUUCAGUGAAAAGUUUGUUCACUUCAUCACUCAGUGUAUGCGACGACAACCCAAAGAGAGGCCUGCCCCGAAUAACCUCAUGGAUCAUUCCUUCAUCAUACAAUAUAAUGACGGUAAUGCAGAGGUGGUGUCGAUGUGGGUCUGUCGCUGCUUGGAGGAGAGACGAAUUCAGCAGGCUCAGGGACGUAUCUGAUGUCUUCCUGCUGUCUGCCCCCAAUGGACCUGGACGUUUGAUCUCAGCCCAUGAACACUUAUCAAAGUCUUCAGGAUCAAGUACGUCUACUUGCACUGUAAAGGACUUCAUAUACAUGGACAAAAAAAGGAUCACUAGAUGUUAAAUACUUCAUGUGAGUAAUUCUUAAUUUAACAGCACUCAUGCGCCAUGACAAUGAAGAGCUCACAUCCUCUGAACUGAAUAUUAAUCACUGCAUCAAAAAAAAGGUGCAGGGAGAGCGAUGCUUCGUCUUUUAACGUGGCUCUCCAUCCACAGCUUCACCCCCACGUUUUUUUGAAAAUAUACAUAAAUGCAGUUAAAUGCAUCACGUCUGAUGAAUGAAAAUAAAUAGCCCUGAUUUAAGGGAUCAGUGACAAUAAAAACGACUUCACAGCACAAGACUGCAAUACGCCGGCAGAGUUGUGAUGUGUCUCUAGGAUGGCAUUUUAAAUAACCGUCUUGUGCUUUACUGUUGACAGCCCUCUAGUGAAUGUUAAGGUUUUUUGCCUGUGAGUAACUUCCCAUGUGUGUGCCUGUUUUUCCACUGGUGUAAUUUAUUACCUCAGCAAACUUAUGUUAUUACUGUAAAAGCAAGACUUCCCCCUGCCCAAAAAAAUGUACCUGUUUUCAGCUCCUGGACCUUGCAAAGUUGUCGAUUAACUGACUAGACAACAACAAGACUGCAGUACCAGUGAGUCUGAGGCAGCACUGCAGUAUUACAGAGUGGAAUGAAAUAUUGACACAUUUUCUUUUUUUAUUAUUAUUCUCAAGCUCACUGACCAAACAAUUUAUUGUUCACACUCCUCCGGAGGAACCAGGGUUUUAUUUCUUUUUAAACCACUUUUUAACUUGGUUGCGUAUCUUUUUAUUUCCAUUUGCACAGUCAUGCUUGACAUUGAAUGCCACUGAAUGAACUGUUGAAGAGGAAAUUGUGCUGAAGCAGAUCUCCACUUUCAUUCAGCAGCUAUUGUUUUUUUUUUGUUGUUGUUGUGUUUUUUUUUUUUUUGAGAAAACCAUUAAGAAUAAGAGAAACUACAGACAGUUGGAUGCAGUAGGAACUAUAACUCUUCCUCUCCUUAUAAACCAACCCCUUUUGUCAUUUUGAAAUGUUGUUUUUCCCUCAUCGUCACCAGUCAGUCCUUUACUGUAGUACAUAUCAUGUACUUUACAGAAGUUACGUUAUUUCAUUGGAUUGCCCAAUGAGAUCAGUUGCUAUACUAUAGAGGGAAAACAAUACAGUGCACAUGACACCAAAGACCACUGACGAGCCAAAUGCUGAAUUAUAUGGAUUUCUCAUGAUAUAAUGAGUUAAGUGACUAAAAUGAAUUUCUUUGACAAGGUGUUUACGUGCAGCUGAUGAAAUGUUUAGCAUUCAAGUGCAAUUAAAUGCCAUUACAGCACGAGCAUUGCUGAAAACCAAUGUAGCGGCAGUACAUCAGCGCAGCAGAAAUGGCUUAAAGCACCAUUUUACUAUACAUGCGAUGUGUAGUUUCUUCAUUACCGUGAUAGAUGUGGCUUUAUCCUCUGUUAUGAUGAGGAGACACAUGGAUGGUGAAUUUUAAUCACUUAACAAUAAAUCAUUCAAAACUGUUAACACAUCAAACAUACUCCAUCAUGUCAUUCAUAAUUUGGGAACUCGUCAAGACUUCUGGUAUUGUUACAUGGCCACAUUUACACUGAGAGUGAACUAUUCAUUUAGCCUUUAGCUACUUAAAGGACCAGUGUGUAUGAUUCAGUAGCAUCUAGGGAUGAUGUUGCAGAUUGCAACCAACUGAAUACCCCUCCCCUCACCCCCUCCCUUUCCAAAUCUGUAGAAAACCUUUGAUAGCCUUAAGGCAAGGUAAAAACGUGAGCCAAAGCCAAAGCCAGUUUGAUUUGUUCAUUCUGGGCCACUGUAGAAACAUGGCAAACAAGCCCAGUGGUAACCUCUCCUUAUUGGUGAAAGUCGUUUAACAGCUUACAAAGUGGGAGGGAAACUUCGUAAAGCACCUUCUACUGGUUGAACUCAGAACUCAUUGAGACGAGAUUUCUCUGUGAAUUUGACAUGUGAUGCUUUUCCACAUCCACCACUUUAUUUUUAAUAAAUGUUGCUUAUUUCAUUGUAGUUCAUUCUGUGUUACAGCAGUUAGGGUACAGUUUGUGAGGUCAGUAAUGCCACCCAGCAGAGUUGCCACAAAUUCACGAUUCCUCCCAUAUUAAUAUGAAUUUCAUUUGUGCCAUUAUUUGCCUCGGAAACAUGGAAAUGGGGCACAGCCUUUUUACCUUUAUGUACGUAAAUAUACUUUUUGGGAGGACGUGUGUGCAAGAUGUUGAUUAAUAUUACUCUGAUAAUUGAAGAUGUUCCCGUCACUGAAAUUCAUUAGUGUGGAUUUUCCAACAUUUGCACAAUUAAUAGAACAUGUACUCUGCAUUUUACCACAUAUAUUGUUGUUAUAUUCAUCAAACUGUCACUUUGGGUAAGUGAAAUUUUGUCAUACUGUUAAUACGUACAUCUGAGACAGCCUCCUGACGUUAAGUUGGCCUUAAAUGCAACUGAAGCUAUAAAUACUUUGCAGUCUGGUAAAACUAGUAAAUUAGUCUGAAAUAAUAAGAGUGCGUAGUGGCCACUGCAUGGCUACCAACCAUACCAAAAAGAAAAAAAAAAACAACAUUUCAUAUUUCUGAACAGUUGUACUAUAAGCUCCAAAAGCUCAGACUCAUCUUUUUUGUUUGGCAGUGUACUCAUUGACUGUGAUAUUUGAAUACGAAUCUGCCGUAUCAGUGGUCUGCUUACAACAGAGGUCACCUCUUGUGACUCUCGCUCUGUUAUUUUACCUGUUUUUGCCUAAACCACAAAGCAUUAAGUCAGUGAUGAGACUCAGCAGAAAUGUUAGUGCUGUGAUGUUACUGGCUGAUUAUGGCCUUUUCUGUAAUUAUCCGUGUUGGCACAUAUUCCAACCUGCACAAAUAAAAUAAAAUGUAUUUAAACAUAA